AUGGGAGCUUUAUUCCUUAGGAUGUUUAGGGAUUGGUGUUUUACAUCUAAUAGUGCUUGGCAUAAUAAUGGUAGGAUUGUAGUUGCUUGGGAUCCAGCUGUGUUUUCUGUGGACAUACAAUUUUGUUCGAGUCAAUGUACUCAUUGUUGGGUUGAGCCAAGGAAUGGUUUGCAGUCUUUUUAUUGUACCUUUGUCUAUGCGUUUAAUGAAGAGGUUCGGAGAGUUGAUCUUUGGAAAGAUUUACGGUGCUUGAGAUCUCAGAAACCGUGGGUUUUAUUAGGGGAUUUCAAUGCUACUAUAAAUAUUGAAGAGAAGGUUGGUGUAAAGGUUAGGACUCUUCAUUAUGAGGCUUUUCGAGAAUGUAUGAUUGAUUGUGAUUUGGAGGAUGUGCAAUUCAAUGGGUGCUUUCAUACUUGGAGUAAUAAGCAGGAUCCUCCUGAUAGGAUAGUUGCCAAAUUGGAUAGAGUUUUGGGGAAUAAUACUUGGAUGGAGGUUUUUGAGAAGGCUACGCGGUUUUCAGUGUAUAAUGAUAUUAUUAGUGCAGCUUGGAGUGAUUCUGUUCAAGGGGUACCUAUGUUUAAAGUGAUUACUAAAUUGAAGAGGGUGAAGAUAGCUUUGAAACAUAUGAAUAAAAGUCAUGUGGGGGAUGUUAUAUCUUUUUAUAGUAGUUCCUCUUCUGAGCUAGAAAGGGUUCAACAGGCAGUGCAUAUUGAUCCUCUAAAUCCUUACUUAAUUGAUGAAGAAAGGAGAAUAAUGAAUGAUCAUGAAAGGAUUAAAGGGAUUUAUUUGGAUUUUCUGAAACAGAAAUCUAGGAUGUUAUGGAUUCAGCAGGGUGAUGCAAAUACUAAUUUGCUUCAUAGGAGUCUUAAGGCUAGAAGAAAGCAAAAUUCUGUUAUGGCUAUUCGGGACAACUCAGGAGUUUGGCAGGAAACAGCAGAAGGUGUUCAACAUGCUUUUCUUGAGUAUUAUAAUCAAUUGUUGGGAGACAAAAUGGAUAACAGAAUUAAGGUCAAAGCUAGCAUCAUGAAAGAGGGCCCAGUUCUUUCAUCUAAUAAUAUCCAAGAUUUGCUUAAGCCUUUUGGGAAGGAUGAGGUUCGAGAAGCUGUUUUUAGAUUCCCCAUGAUAAAGCUCCGGGGCCGGAUGGUUUUAAUAGUGCUUUCUUUCAAAAGCAUUGGGAUCUUAUUGGAGAGGAGGCUGAGAGAGGUUCUUCCUCAUUUAGUGGCGGAGAAGCAAAGUGGUUUUAUUAAAGGUAGAAGCAUAGGUCAAAAUGUGUUGGUUUGCCAGGAAUUAUUGAAGCAUUAUGGGCGGAGUAAUUGUAAGCCUAGUUGCACUAUUAAGAUGGAUAUUAGGAAGGCUUAUGACACGCUGGACUGGGAUUUUCUAGAAGAAAUGCUUGAGGCCUUUGGGUUUCCUAGUCAGUUCAUGAAGUUAAUCAUGGUAUGUGUCAAAACUCCCAAAUUCUCUCUAAUGAUAAAUGGGAUGCUUCAUGGUUUUUUCAGCUCUAAACGUGGUCUGAGACAAGGAGACCCAAUCUCCCCUUUACUCUUUGUUCUUCGUAUGGAAUAUCUAAAUAGAAUCUUCAUGAAGGUGGCUCGCCAUGAGAAGUUCAGAUUUCAUGAUAGAUGCUCAGAUCUUCAACUUACACACAUGUGUUUUGCAGAUGAUGUGAUUUUAUUCAUGCAUGGAGAUUUUAUGUCCAUUUACUUGAUGCUACAAGGUGUUGAGCUGUUUUCCAAGUCCUCUGGUUUGCAAAUCAACAAUAGCAAAACAGAGAUUAUUUGUAGAGGUAUGGUGGAUGAAGAAAUUCAAAGAGUUCUUCAGGUUUCUAAGUUUAGAGAGGGGAGUUUACCUAUCAAGUAUCUUGGUAUUCCUAUUAAUUCUAAGGGCAUUUCGGCUAUAGAUUGUGCUUCCAUUGUUGACAAAAUGGUUGCUAGGAUAAAAAAUUGGAGCUGGAAAUACUUAUCUUUUGCUGCCAGACUAGGAGCUAUGGAAUUUGAUGGUGCAGGUAAUGUGGCUUGGGAAGAUGUUUGUAAGAGUAAAGCUAAAGGAGGUCUGGGUAUAAGGGAUGUAGAUUUAUGGAAUAUAGCUGCGAUGGGUAAAUAUGUUUGGGCUGUGGCUAAGAAUAAAGAGAGUUUAUGGGGGGAAGAAGAUAUUUGGCAACUCUUUUUUGGCUGCUGUUAUAGUAAUUCUUGCUUGGCUCAGAUUACUGAGUGGCUGGGCUGGAAAGCUUUUGACAGAACCUUAAAUGGUCUGUUAAGAUGGCUGGUCAAUGUUAAAGGUGUUUCUCAGUUUUGGCUUUUCUUUGGGAAAGUUGUUUGA